AUGUCAAGUACUGCCUCCUGUCUAAUCUUAGAGAUCUCUGAUGCAUGGGUGUUUUAUUGCAGCGAAGUGGUAGGAAUUGCUUGGUCGUAUAUUUUUAUCAUAAUUAUCGGAAGUGCCAUUUUUCUCACGGCCAUUUUCAGCUGCUUCAGUGCAUUCAAGGAGAACAGUUCUUUUGUUACGGCAUCUAUAAGCUUACAAUUAACGAGCCUCACACUUGGAAUUGUGGCAAUAGUGAUUUUUAUUAUUAAUCGGGAAAAGUAUGCCAAUUUUUAUACUAACUUGUUGUAUCAACAAAUAGAAUCUUACGACAAAAUACAUGAGUACAGAGAGGAGAUCGAUUUAAUUCAACAGGAAUUCCAAUGCUGUGGAUACGACGGACCUCAUGACUGGUUGAAAAAAUAUUCGAACGUACCAGAGUCAUGCUGCAAAAAGUUUGAUCUUUGGUACCCCUAUGAGAGACACUGCUCCUUAACUUCUGCUUAUUCAGACGGAUGCCAAAUAACUUACGCUUAUAUAGGAUAUGUUUUUUUGUGCUGUAUACUCGCUUAUGCAGCAGUAAUGGCUGUCAUUCAGAUUGCUGCAACAGUGAUUUCUUUCGCGCUAAGAAUUAAGAUCAAGAAAAGACAGAUAGAACAAGCCACGCAAAUGUCACAGGAAUGCAGGAUGAAUUCACCCAAUAGUGUUCCCAUCGUUCACAUGUAA